CUGCUGGAUGCACCCCCCCCCAUGUUUGCAGUUACAGUAAAAGCAGUAGAAGAAGAAGAACACGCAGCGUGAUCCCAGCACCACCGAAGAACGAACUGAGGAAGUGCCGCUGCCGACGUGACUACCGGAGGCGAACAGGGUGCUGAGUCGGUAACUGGGUGAUCGUUGCUGCACUACGUGGUUUAAUCUGAACCUGCUGCUGUGGUUGUUGGCGUGCAGCUCUGCGUGUACUUCCUGUCACCGCUGACCCUGACGAUGGUGCUGAGGGAGGUUCCAGUUGAAAACAUCACCCGCCCUCUGGGCAGGAACGAGGUCAUCGGCCUGCUCUUCCGUCUCACCAUAUUCGGCGCCGUCACAUACUUUACCAUCAAGUGGAUGGUGGACGCCAUCGACCCCACCAGGAAGCAGAAGGUGGAGGCUCAGAAACAGGCCGAGAAGCUGAUGCGUCAGAUCGGCGUGACGAACGUGAAGCUGUCUGAAUAUGAGAUGAGCAUCGCCGCUCACCUGGUGGACCCGCUGAGCAUGCAGAUCACGUGGAGAGACAUCGCAGGUCUGGACGAGGUGAUCACAGAGCUGAAGGAGACGGUGAUCCUACCUGUCCAGAAGAGACACCUGUUCCAGGGAUCCAGACUGCUGCAGCCCCC